UUUUAGUAAUGCGUUGUUUUUCAUUGUCGUACAUUGUUGUGCCGGAUGGGAAGAUUUGGCUUGUGAUUUUGUUGUUCCUAGAAAGUAUUUGUGGUUUAGGGCAUGGAAGGGAUUUAAAAUGGGUUGAAAAUAAGAACUACCUUCCUAGGUCAUUGGACUCUGAUAGCUACUACGAACAGGAGAAUAAUAAGGAAUUGGAACGCAUCUUUAUACCACGUAUCCAUUCCAGAAGAAUAGUUGCCCAACACUCAGGAGCACGUCCCGAUCAAGCGUCAAACUCUCGAAUUUUAAAAAGAUCCAAUGGUUUUGACAUUGCCAAGUUAUUGUACAUGGUUCAAAAGCAAAGGCUGAUGGAUUUAUCAAAUGAAAAACCACGUCAAGAAGUGAAUUUGUGCAAUGAUGAGAACAGUAAAUUCAAACAAAGUGGGUGUAACGUUCCACAGGUUGUAACCCCAAGAAAAGUUCGCCCGCAUUCAAGUACAACUCCGUGUGUUGAGCAAAUUCAAACCGAGGAAGAAUAUAAGUCGUUUAAACCGCCGAAACUUCUCCUGGCUGAUUUGGAACCUACUGGAAAUAUCCCUACAGAUCACAGAAACCAAACGUUGUCAAAGGGCGACCUGGAAGGCAAUCAACCAACUGAAAACGCCGAGGCCUCGGAAUGUUCAAAACCGGAAACUACCUCCAUCAAACCUUCAAAGUAUAAAUUGUUGGCUGAUUAUACAAAUAAAAAAAACAGCUAUAACUCGCACGAGGAACAAAGAGUUCGACAAAAAGCUAACAUGAGAGUCAAGUCGCGUGAGAGAAAAAUAAUGAGAAAUGAAUGGUCAAAAGAAAAAUAUAUUCGUAACCCAUACAUUAAACAGGAGAAAUUGACGCCCAUGUUAUAUGUUGACAGGUACACCGAAAAGAAACGACCGUUUCCUUACAGAAAAAUUAAACAGGGAACGAUUCCAAGAUCCAGAAUUAACAACGAUUUUGAAUACUAUGAUGCAGUUGUCCCUUUUCCCCACCUAGAAAAGUACGACUAUGACUUUUAACCUUUCGUUUGAGUCUUUACAAGACGCAAUAUCAUUAUUUUAAUAACAGUGCUGUAAAUAAAUUUGAAAAUAAAAGAUGAAACUGAUGGGGACAGCAAACAAAUCUAAUAAUUUUCCUUACAUGUUGUUCGAAACCAA